CACACACACACACACACACUUUUCCGUUGACUCCUUACUUCGUGCUUGUCUGACUCUCGGUGCUGUGCAGACCCUGACAUUGACAAUGUCACCGACAGGCGGGGACGCUGUCCUCGCUCGAUCAUCGCCCAUUGAGGGAUCUCGGAAGGGGACCCCCGAUCCUCGCCAAAGCGUCGAUCGAUCUCCAUGUGUAGUGUGGGGGUUGUUGGGUGUUUCACCGCACAGCGGUGGUCCGGAGGUCCGAUUGGGGAAACGACGCCGCGAUACCGUUUCGCAUGCGACUGACAGCGUCGUUGGGCCGGGCGUGACACCCAUCUCGCCUUUCGCCGGUGUGUUGGGGGCAUCUCCGCCGGGUGUGGCCGGGUUCCGUGACGCGGCCACAUUUGGAGGUGUGUAUGGUGCUCCGUUGCUGCCAUCCCCACUGCUGCCUAGACGGCUGGACUAUGCGGCCACGAUUUUUUUAGCACCUGUAUGGUCACAUGCGGUGGCCCCGCCAUGUCCUGCUGGAGGCGGUUCUCUUCCCGGAGAUCGCAGCGAUGCUUUGCGUUCUCCACCCGUUUCAUGUCGACGAAUCGUCGACGAGGCGGCGGGUUCGUUUGUGGUGCCGCCUCAGGCUCCCUUUGUCGCUCCAGAUUCCGCACAUCCGUUUGACGAUGCGGAUAGCUCAGCGGCAGCCGGCAGCACGCCGUGUUCGGGCGGUAAUAACAUUGUGCGAAUCUGUGUGCGGGACGCGUGUCGGAGGCGGUUGUAUGCUCUCCGCGACGCCAUGGCCGAUCUAGCGGAGUUUGGAGACGAGGUAAGAGAUGUGAUUUCUUCUUCGUUGCCAUCUCGGGUGUGCGGUCGAGAUUUCACGUUGCGUUAUAUGCCAGGCGAUUCCGGUGUUGACUACGGUCAGGGGGGUUCGCAGGGUUCAGCGAGCGGAGGCUUGGGUGAGUCUCAUAACGGAUUGCAGAACUCGUUCCCGUCAUCGCGUCGUGCAUCGCAGCGCAGUGACAGAGGGUGCGGCAGACCCCGCAGCACGGGUCGUUGCACAUCGACACCUGCCCGACCGCAGACGUGGUGGGAUAGUUGGGACGGUGUUGACCAAUGCGGUCCUGGACCUGAAAUUGACCGUACCAGUGUUGAGAAGGCGAUGGCUAGAUGGAGUAGACCGACGGCGCCGGAUGUUGUGUUUCUGGAGCCGGUUAAGCUUCUUCAAUUCCUCGCCAUGUUUCAUCUAUAUUGCCCGUGGCACAAGGGCUCGUGCCGUGUGUCUGUGGAGUCCGUCUUGUACCCUGCGCAGCUCUGUAAGUUGACGUUCGUAUGCGACAAGAAAUGCAAAUGGACGUGGCACACAACACUCGUGACCACGAAUGUCUAUCAUUCGCGACUGAUGCAACAACUCUUUCAUGCGACGGUCACCGCUGGCCUUACGUUUACGCUACUCGACAACUUUUGUGUUUGUUUAGGGAUGUGCUCGGUACACAAACCCACAUUCUACAAGUUCAUGCGCACUGAACCGGGGGGGGCGGAGGGGUGGAAUGCCAAGGUCGUACGGCAGGGCAUAAAAUAUUGCGAGCUUGCCAUUGACACUGUGAUUCGCCGUGGUGAGCUAGUGACAUUGAUGGUUGAUGGUCGAUAUGACUUUGCCAGAGGCGCGCAGCAUUGCACUGUCACCGCGAUGGAGUACGAGACUCGGCUUGUUGUAGGUAUUCACACUCUCCGUCCGAAGAUUGAAGGCAAGGCAUCGAAUGCGCUUGAGGUGCCAGCCGUCGUGCAACUUUUGCGAGGACUGAUGGACAAGGGGUUGAAGAUCUGGUGCGUUGUCUCGGAUGAUUGUGCGGCGCUGGGACCGAAGUUGCCAGCUAUGAACAUCGAGUUGCAGAAGGAUUGCCACCACAAAAUAAAAAACAUUCGAAAGCACUUCCACAGUAUGCUACAACUGAAGGAAACGAAGAAAGUGAGCAGCCCGCACGACUGUGUAUCAGAGGCGCAAUUCAUGCAGUUCAUGAAGAAGCAACUAAAGGAGGCGUUGGAGCAGCGUUUUGGACCUGACGUCCUCACACCUGCUGAGGAGCGGCUGAAGAAAUCGGACUUCGUCGCUGUCAUCAUGCGAAAGAUGUACCCCUACGGAUCGAGGUUGAAUCCUCGAGCGUUGGAGACUGAUCCAGACGGCUUGACAGAGUAUCAUGUGCAUGAGGUUGGGAUGUGGUUCCUCCGCGCUUGCCAGCUGUGCAGGGAUGAGGGCGGAGACGCCGACAGUCUACACCGCGAUAUCAUGUUGGUCGCCGAUCAUUGGGCUGGUGAUCAUUCAGGAUGUGGGGACGGUAGGGAGGUUCUCUGCGAGAAGGCCGAUGAGUGUGCACGAUUGCCUUUGUGUAGCCGCACGGACACGGUCUACGAGUUCGUUCUGCGUGUUCUCGAUAAACAAUGCAGCACUAACAUCACGCCGUACUACGUCGAGUUUCGGCACACAUCGGCGGUGGAGACUUUUCAGGGCACCAUCAUUAUCUAUGCGAAGAAGUCGGUGCAUUUCGAGAAGUCUUUCUUUACACGUUUGUCGAUCGCAGUGAUUCGUUGGAACAGUCACUGCUGGCGCGACCUGGUCGGGUAUGUUGCUCGCAUUGCUGCGAGCAUUUCCAUACGUGCGAGACCAGACUUUCGUCGACACUACAGUCACGAGGCGAUUGACUGUUGGGAGGACAGAUUGAUGGCGUCAGUGUUUGGUUCGGCUUAUGUUUCAGACUGGGCUCGAGAGCUUCUGCGGCAUGAGGUUUGUCUAUAUGGAGCCGGGUCAUUGCCGCGUGAUUUGUUCGUCAACGGUGGGGGCGACCCAGUGGAAGUCGUUGAUGAUGCUGCCUCGGAUUUCGACCAUGAGGCGGUGGGGGAGAACCGUGUUUUCAUCAUCGGUCACGUGGAGGACGAUGCGGUGCCUGCAUGCGAUGAUUGGGUCCAGACAUCGAGCUCCGAAUCUGAGGGUGACGAUAUAGAGUUGUUCAGCGUUUGAGUGGUUGAAUGGCUUUAUCGUUGACCUGACAUCG